AUGUGGUUAGGCACAGCACCAGGGUUCACUGCACCUCACUUCCACUCUGUUUAUCCACUCUGGGGGAAAAAAACGAGGGGGAGGAAUGAACGAUGGAUGAAUGAGUGUUCUUUAUUCCCGUUUUUACCCCUCCCCUUUCCUUUGGUUAAAUUGCUUCCUUGCCUUCUCUACCUUUCUCUGCCCCUUUUCUCUCUCAUUUUCUCGUCUUCUUUUCCUUUGGUCUGUGUGCUUUCUCAGAGUUGUACAUGAGAAUCUUUGUCGCCUGCUUGUCUAAACAAGCAAAACGUGCUGCAGGCCGGAGGCCACGUACAGAAAGGAAGGGAAGAAAAGGGAAAAGAAAAGAACAUAGUGGGACUAAAAAGACUAAGAGAGAUAGAGGUGUAGUAGCUUCUGGAGACUUUCCCAUACUUUUUGUGCGGCGCGUGGGCUGAGGGUGCCGGACUGGGAUGGAUGCCAUUAUGCUACAGGAGAAGCUGGUGGAGAAAUUGCUGUGUGCCCGAAGCAGGACUACUCGCCAGAAGGAUAAGCAGUAUGUCGGCUUUGCGACGCUCCCUAACCAGGUCCACAGGAAGUCUGUAAAGAAAGGCUUUGAUUUUACACUCAUGGUAGCAGGUGAAUCUGGCUUGGGCAAGUCUACUCUAGUAAACAGCCUUUUCCUCACAGACCUCUACAAGGACAGAAAACUACUAAAUGCAGAAGAGCGUAUUAAUCAGACAGUGGAGAUCACCAAACACACUGUUGAUAUUGAGGAGAAGGGUGUCAAACUCAAACUCACGAUUGUAGACACACCGGGGUUUGGAGAUGCUGUUAACAAUAAUGAGUGUUGGAAGCCCAUCACCGACUACAUUGAUCAGCAGUUCGAGCAAUAUUUCAGGGAUGAAAGUGGACUCAACAGAAAGAACAUAUUGGAUAAUCGAGUCCACUGCUGCCUUUAUUUCAUACCGCCAUUUGGACAUGGUUUAAGGCCAGUGGAUGUGGAGUUCAUGAAAGCACUGCAUGAGAAGGUGAACAUUAUUCCUCUUAUUGCCAAAGCGGACUGUCUCACUCCAAGUGAGAUAAAGAAGCUAAAAGACCGGGUACGAGAUGAGAUCGAGCACUUUGGAAUUAAAGUGUACCAGUUUCCCGAGUGUGACUCUGAUGAGGAUGAGGAGUUUAAACAGAUGGACAAGGAGCUGAAGGAGUGCACUCCCUUUGCUGUUAUUGGUAGUAACACAGUGGUCGAAGCAAGAGGUCAAAGAGUGCGAGGUCGCCUUUACCCUUGGGGUAUUGUCGAAGUGGAGAACCAGGCCCACUGUGACUUUGUGAAGUUGAGGAACAUGCUGAUUCGCUCUCACAUGCACGACCUGAAAGAUGUUACUUGUGAUGUACACUACGAGAACUACAGAGCCCAGUGUAUACAGGAGAUGACCAGUAAACUUGCACAGGACAACCGCGUGGACAGUCCUAUUCCUAUUCUGCCAUUGCCCACUCCGGACGCGGAAACAGAGCGACUUAUCAAGAUGAAGGAUGAAGAGCUAAAAAGAAUGCAGGAGAUGCUGCAGAAGAUGCAACAGCAGAUGCACGAAAAAGACCAGUGAUGAUCACACACAAACAUGCACUUGUAGAGUAAAAUCACUUCACAUCUCAUACUAUAUUCUAUCACAUACGUGAUAACAAAUGACAUGUACGUAUUCUUAUUAUGGCAGAUCCUACAGACAGUGAUGCUCUCGCUGCCAACUUAUACUGUAUAUUUGCAGAACAGUUUGCUUGGUGCUUUGGAGCUCUUGCCUACCGAGUACAAAUGUGAAGCAUCUGUUUAAUAUGUCUUGUGUUUAUGGCUGUGUGAGUAUAGCUAACAUGGAUAUUAUAUAUAAUUAAUUUAAAUGAAACCUACAUUUAGAUGUAUCUAAUUUAUAUGUUUUGAAUUUUUAAUGCUUAGCUAGAAUGUGCAUCAGUUGUUUUGUAAUGCCAUUUUAGCCUGUUGGUUUGAAUCUGGGCUCUGGCUGUCGUGUGUGUGCGCGUGUGUGUAAGGAUGAAUGUGUAUUUGAAAGUAUACUUUUUCCUUAACUGCAGACGAGGAUUUUUUUAUAGUGCUCGCUCUCGGUGAGUGUGGAGUUUCGAUGCAGGUUACUGUUAUAAAUAAAUAUGCUUAAUUCAGA